AUGCUCUGGGCUGGCAGGAUGAGGCUGGGGACCGUCGGGAUCUUGCUAGUGCUCGUCCAUACAGCAGCAGCCUGCGAGUUUGGGCCAGUCCCUUACAGAGUCACGGGGAUCGUCUGCAGAAUGACCAAGCCCGCGGCAUUGCUGUCAACAGUGAACCAGGAAACAGCACAGGUCAUUCAAGCAGCGUUCAGAAAUGCCAAGUUCCCAAACAUCACCGGGGAAAGGUCCAUGCGGCUCCUCGGCAAGGUGGCUUAUGGGCUAAGCAACAUCCAGGUCAAUGAUUUGUCCAUAGAGCAGAGUGAGGUGGAGCUCAAGGAAAACGAUGCCAUUGACAUUGCCAUUAAAAAUGUGACGGCCUUCUUCAAGGGCACCCUGACCUACGGCUACGCUGGGGCCUGGUUUCUACAGCUUUUUCAUUCAGUUGAUUUUGAAAUUGAGUCUUCCAUCGACCUCCAGAUAAACAUUAAAUUGAUGUGCCAGGAGGACCAGGUGGCUGCUGAUGCUUCAGACUGCUACCUGUCGUUCCACAAACUGACACUUCACCUCCAAGGAGACAAGGAUCCAGGCUGGUUGAAGCAGCUCUUCACAGAUUUCAUCUCCUUCACUUUGAAGUUUGUUCUCAAGAGAGAGGUGUGCAAAGAGAUCAAUUUUCUUGCCCAGGUGCUAGCCAAUUUUGUACAUGACCUAGCAGCAAAUUUUGUUCGGGAUGAGGAUAUCGGACUUGAUAUCUCCCUUGCAUCAGAUCCUUUAAUAAAAGCAAAUUACCUAGAAUCACAUCACAAGGGCCUUGUCAUGUACAAGAACUACUCUGAUGUCUUCAGUGACUCUGUUUACUCCCCAUCACUGCUCACCGAAUCCCGAAUGCUCUACUUCUGGCUGUCUGAACACAUCCUCAACUCUCUGGCUUCGGCAGCUUUCUUAGAUGAACGCCUGGUGAUGACCAUCAGUGGGAAGAAGUUGCAGGAGCUGUUUGAAAUUGAAGACACUGAAGUGCAGCAGAAGGCGGUGCAGUUGAUUUUUCAAGGCACCUCCUAUAAUGAUUCUGUGGCCAAGGUGUGGAGUCUCACCCAUCCCGAAAUCUCUCUCCAGCCUGAAGGGACAGUUGUGAAGUCCUUGGUAGCAGUGGAGAUCAACAUCUUUCCCCCAGGAGAAGAGUCCCUGAUGGUUCUGUACAUGGAGAAGGAAAUCACGGUCACUAUACAAGCUGCCUAUGCAGAAAAGAAACUCAUUUUGCGCCCUUUGGAUUCCAGGACAGAGUUUAAAGUCUUUAAAUGCGCAGCUGAUCCAAGUGAGGAUGACCAGUCCAUAAGAAACUUCCUGCAGAAAAUGAUCUCAGUUGUUGGGAUCCCAGAAGUGAUUUCAAGGAUUGAACCAGCUUUGACCUCACUGAUGAACAGCAAAGGGCUUCAUUUAUUUGAGAUCAGAAAUCCUGAGAUCAUCACAAGAAAGGGAUACCUAAUUGUACAACUUGACUUUAGCUUCCCAAAUCAUUUGCUGCUUGACUUUCUUCAGAAAAGAUUUUAG